AUGUCCAAUUUAAUGAAACGAAGAACUCACAACAAGUCUCGGCAUGGUUGUCGAAACUGCAAAAAGAGACAUGUAAAAUGUGAUGAACAAGGCCCUCCCUGUGCCAACUGUCUAGCCCGCAAUCUCGAAGGAUGCUCAUAUCUCGCUGACCCUCCCGCUCAGCUCCCAGCAACAGAGACAAGGCGCCGUAUAGAGCUAGAACUCAUGCAUCGUUGGUCAACGUCCAGUUACAAGAGCCUCGUCAGUAUUCCUGAGGAUGAACAGUGGCUGCAGCAAGACAUGGGUCGCUGGGCCCUCAAGCAUGAGUAUCUCCUCCAAGGCAUGUUUGCCUUCUCUGCCCUCGAAGUUGCUCUUUGCGGCGGCGCUGUUGUUGUAGAAGAUGAUUACGCAACGUACUAUGCCAAGUUGGCGGUGGAAUACUACGAUAAAGCGAGUCGUUCGUUUCGGGCACAGCUUGAGAAUGUGACUUCUGAGAAUGCGCAAAAGAUCUUCAUGUUUUCGUUCCUGGCUGUCUCUGUCAAUAUGGCUCUAGGGCAGUGCACUGCUUUUGAGGAGCUGCAGGACGGCGUUCUUGAGCGAAUGGUGACUCUGUGGGAGCUACUCAUGGGGAAUGCCUCUAUUGCCGAUCAACACUUCGACGCUUUGAUAUCUGGAGCUUUAUCGCGAUCUACUGAAUCGUUAAUGCUGAGAACGCAGCUUCAGAUCGAGACGCCUUCGUCUUUGAGUAGGGACACAGAAGAAGCAAUAGAGCGUCUAACUGUUAUUGUCAACAAAGCAUGCGAAAUGCUUACUUCAUCGAGUUCCGAUGAUAAAUCCGAGAUAAACACACGCAUCAGCUCAUAUCGCGCCAGCGUCUCAGCCAUACAAACCUGCUUCGUGCAAGACUCAAAAGAUGUCUACCGAGGAGUAGCUAUUGGAUUCCCAGCGAUGGCAGGACGGGACUUUGGCCUAGCACUCAAGAGCUCGGAUCCAGUGGCUUUGCUACUUAUGGUGUACUGGGGCGUACAGCUCAAUGAGCUUGGCAAACUUGCCUGGUGGGCUGGCACAUUUGGCAAAAGGAUGGUGGAUGAAGUCUCGGAACUUCUAUGGGCUCCUGAUCCUGGGUCUGAGAUUAUGAGCGUGCCUGGAUGGAGAGAGUGCAUCUCUUGGGCAAGGAUAGAAGUUGAUCUACCGCCUAUUUUCGAGCUUGCACUGGAAGAGUGA